AUAUUCGAACUUGACUAACUUUAUCAAAUUGUGGUCUGGAACAUAUAAUAUAAGAUGCGAUCCCAAAUUAUCACCCACUUCUACCAAUCGGGAUUCAGGAGUUCAGUUCCUUAUCUUGAUGGAUCCAGAAGACCACCAAUCCCCGUCGGAUCUCCGACAAGUACUAAUCCUCCGUCCACCUCCUGUUUUCGCCGUCCACGAACAAUACUUCUCCAACAAAUUCCAGAUCUUGAAAGCAUACGACUCACCCUUACCUACUCACGACUUCCUCCGAUCAUACGCGCAAUCCGUUAGAGUCGUCCUAUGCUCCGGCGUACGUCCAAUAACGGCUGAAGUGAUACGCGACCUGCCGGCUCUCAAACUCGUUGUCUCCUCCGCUACUGGCGUCAACCACAUCGACAUGGCUGAGUGUCGCCUCCGCGGAAUUACGGUAACUAAUGUUGCAGAUGUGUUUUCUGAUGAUGUAGCUGACGCCGCCGUAGGGCUUUAUAUCGAUGUCAUGAGGAAAAUUACCGCCAGUGACAGGUUUGUUCGCGGUGGACAGUGGCCGGUUACAGGGGAGUAUCCUCUUGGUUCCAAGAUAGGAGGAAAAAGAAUCGGAAUUGUUGGUCUUGGAAACAUUGGUUCAAGAGUUGCCACAAGACUAAAGGCCAUGGGUUGCGUAGUCUCAUAUACUUCAAGGCACAAAAAACACUCCACUCCAUUCAUUUUUCAUCCAAAUGUCCUCCAACUAGCUUUGAAUUCAGAUGCCCUCAUUAUUUGUUGUGCAUUGACUAAUGACACACGCCAUAUGGUCAACAAUACAGUAAUAAAGGCAUUAGGAAAAACAGGAGUCAUUGUUAAUGUGGCCCGUGGAGCCAUUAUUAAUGAGGUGGAGUUGGUGAACUGUUUAGUUGAGGGAGAGAUUGGAGGUGUUGGUUUGGAUGUUUUCGAGAAUGAACCAAACGUACCUACACAGAUGCUUGAAUUAGACAAUGUUGUGCUUUUACCUCAUAGAACAGCCUUCACGAGAGAAUCGUUUCAUGAUGCUGCUCAAAUUUUGUUAAGUAAUCUAGAAGCGUUUUUCACAAAUAAACCCUUGCUCACUCCCGUUGCAAAUCAAUUCUAGUCACACAAUAUGUGCCUUACUUGCAAAUGUAUUCUCUUGUGUUUGAAUGUGAUAAGUUUUGAUAUAUUUAGUUACAUAGCUUUCAUUUUUCA